GUCGGCGUGACUCGUACCUAAUCUGGAAGAACCAUUCUUCAUUCUUCACUUUGUUGACAGUGCCAGGGGUGGAAUCUCGUGUCAAGGCGCCUUUGCUGUUCAAUUACACGGUGCGCUUACCCCAAGCAUGGCCUCUGGACAGCCCGAUGCAAAUGGCAGCAGACCAUCGACCAGCGAUGAUGGCGGUCCACACUUUGAUCUCGAAACUUAUACGAGCAACUACAUGGGCCAUACCAAGAUCAUCAGGUUGCGCUUCAUUGCGGAGAAAUGCAGCGAUUCUGCUAUGGAGCUUGAAGCACUUCGCAUGGCACUGGAUGAGAUAAAAAAGGGGGACAACACGCAAGUCUACAUUGAGACAAUCGAGCGCGUGAGAGGUCGAUUGGGAAGAGCAUACCAGCAUGAUCGUGAGUGGGUGAAUACCAAAGAGAAGCAGGCGGCACAACGGCAGGAACGAUUGGAAUUGGAGCUCAAUGGGUACAAGACCAACUUGAUCAAGGAGAGCAUCCGAAUGGGGUACAACGACCUUGGUGACUUCUUCUAUGCGCGUGGCGACCUCCAAGCAGCAUUCAAGAGCUACGUGCGGACUCGGGAUUACUGCACUACCUCAAAGCACAUCAUCAACAUGUGCCUCAAUGUCAUCCUGGUCAGCAUCGAGCUGGGGCACUUUGUGAAUGUCACCAACUACGUGCAGAAGGCCGAGCAGACCCCGGACAAUACAGAUCCUGUUAUACAGGGGAAGCUCAAGUGCGCUGCAGGGCUGGCACAUCUGGAAAACAAAAAGUAUAAGCUGGCUGCAAGAAAGUUCGUCGACGUCAACUUUGAGCUUGGCACACAGUACAAAAAGGUUAUUGCACCCCAGGAUGUGGCCCUGUAUGGAGCACUCUGUGCACUGGCGUCGUUUGAUCGGGCAGAUCUGAAGAGCAAAGUGAUCGACAACAUCUCCUUUCGAAAUUUCUUAGAACUCGUGCCAGACAUUCGGGAGCUCAUAAACGACUUUUAUGCGAGCCGGUACGCGUCGUGCCUGGGGUACUUACAGAAGCUGAAGCCGGACCUGCUGUUGGACGUGCACCUGUUCGACCACGUGGACACGCUGUACGAACAGAUCCGGCACAAGGCGCUCAUCCAGUACACCACGCCCUUCAUCUCGGUGGACCUCAACAGAAUGGCGGCGUCCUUCAAGACGAACGUGGCGGGGCUGGAGAAGGAGCUGGCGGCUCUGAUCAUGGAGAAUCAGAUCCAGGCUCGCAUCGACUCCCACAACAAGAUUCUGUAUGCACGCCACGCGGAUCAGCGAAACACGUCCUUUCAAAAAGCACUUCAAGUAGGGGCGGAUUACCAACGUGACACGAAAGCUCUUUUACUUCGGGCGAAUCUUAUGCAGCACGACUUUGUUGUCAAACCAAAGAAAGGCCAGUGAGAAAGAAUCUCAAACUCAAGGAUGCUCUUAUAGACCCUAGAGACUUGCUCUGCAAAUGCCAUCUUAACACAAAGAAAGGAUGAUCGUCAAGAAGCUGAUUCAGCUAUCGAGCCUGUCUAACGUCGAAGGUAGAUAAAGCUGCGAGGUUGCUUGAUGUGAGAUGUUGGAGCCAGGCCAUGGCCUGUUUCUCGUCAGAACUUCGUAAACCAUGUGGUUCAACCGUCCAAGAUAGGUUUGUCUAUCAGACCGUGUCGAGAAUCGCUGAAGCUGUCUUCAUCUCUUUGUUGUAAUGGCCCUUACACGAGUUGUCGGAAG